GGUGACGCACGCCGCGGCCGCGAGGACCUUUUGUGAGUCACUCCGGGCUGCCCUGCCGCGGAGGUGCGGGGACCCGGGCUUGCGCCGGCGGGGGCGGUGGGCUCACCUAUGGGCCUUUCCAAAAGCAAGCAGAAACCCAGGAAAGGUGAGGAACAAAAGAAGGGAUCCACCUAUUCAGUUCCAAAAUCUAAGGAGAAGUUGAUGGAGAAGCAUUCCCAGGAAGGCAGGCAGGCAGACAGGGAGUUGGAGAAGCCUAUGGACAGCCUCCACCCCGGGUCCGGGACAGCCAAGCACCUGCCGCCGGCAACUUCGCUGGAAGAGAAACCUGAUGUAAAGCAAAAGUGCAGCAGGAAGAAAGUGGUCGUUCCACAGAUCAUCAUCACCCGAGCGUCAAAUGAGACGCUAGUCAGCUGCAGUUCCAGCGGGAGUGACGAGCAGAGAACCAUUCGGGAGCCGGAGGACUGGGGCCCCUACCGGCGGCACAGGAACCCCAGUACAGCAGACGCCUAUAAUUCACAUCUCAAAGAAUAAACAAGCACCCUUGCAUGGCACUCGUUACUGCCUGCAAUAGGCGUCUCAGGAACGGCCGCCCCACCCUGUGAGAAGCCGCGGCCCCUUCUCCAGUGCUGUCAUGAAGGGUGGCACCAGGGCCGCCCACCCUGUGAGAAACUGCAGCCCUCUUCUCCAGUGCUCUCAGGGAGGGUGCACCAGGGCCACCCCACCUGGUGAGAAACUGCAGCCCUCUUCUCCAGUGCUGUCAUGAAGGGUGGCACCAGAGCUGCCUACCCUGUGAGAAACUGCAGCCCUCUUCUCCAGUGCUCUUGGGGAGGGUGCACCAGGCCCGCCCCACCCUGUGAGAAGCCGUGGCCCCUUCUCCAGUGCCAUUUGGCCUUGCCUUCCCCAGAGCUGCUAGCAGCUCGGUCGAGGCAAGAGUGACUGGCUCAGAGAGCGAGCUUUGUGGUAUUGAUAAAUGAAUAGCAUGUUCAUGUUGGAAGUGGCUGGCUGUGCGGAGUGAUGGACAGCAGAUGGCAUCUCAUUCUGAUUCGCAGUGGGCAGUUAAAACACUUCCCUUCGUUUCAGAAGGAGACAGUGUGAAUACCUGGAAGUUAAGUGAAUAAGGUGCCCCCCAAACUUCAGGAAAGGGCCAGAUUCUAAGAGCUAAACGUUAAGAUGUAAUGUUCCAGAACAAACAGGUGCAGAGUUGCCUAAUGGGGCCCCAGGGCUCCUAGCUUGACUGUAAUCUGAGUCAGCUUAUGAAAAGGUCCCAAAGAAGAAUGUGGAAUGUGUGCUGGGGGCGUGGGACAGCCAUGGCACUGAGACUUUGGAAGUGGCCUUGCCAGCGCUGUCCUGUCUUUCUGGCCCACAGAUAAGGGCUCCCAAUUGAGGAAGGCCACGGAAGGGACCUGAACACAACGGCGUGAGACAAGUUAUCUCACGUGGCUGCACCUCUCCAGUAACCCUCAGCUCAGGCUGGACUUUCCGCCUGUGUUGAGAAUGCCCUGCCCUGUCUGGAAGCCUGAUGCAUGUAGUGACAGUGUGUUAGCUUUGUUCGUUUCUAGUCUGGCCAGCAGGCUUUGCAUGUGAUCUCCCAUUGGCUUGCUUCAGUGGCCAACGGAGCCAGGGGUGUCCACCAGAGUCCUGGACACAGACUUCUCGGGUGCCAGCGGCAGGGAACCUGCUGCCUGCCACACACAUACAAUUUCUAAUCCAUACAGGCCUAUGUAGUAUAUACACACAUACACAGAGCCUUAGGAAUUGCGAAAGGCCAAUCAAAACUUGGGGCCCUAAUUUCACUCUGCCAAAA